AUGGAACUCCACCAUAGCACGGAAAAACAAACUUCAAACCUUCAAACUAUCAUUACUGCUCGCUUGAGUGACUUUGUUCGUGAACUCACCCCGAUGAUUGAGACAGUCCAAUUUGGAAGGCUCCAAUUUACAGAUGGUGGAUACAACGCCCUGGAAAGUGCAACCCGAGAUCUUGCGAAACUUUCAAAUAGUAUUGCCGACGAAGUGAAGGCAUUGGGGAAGAGACGGGCAUCCGCUGUUGUUACAGAAGGGCAAAAGUUGUUAUCCCGUGCUGAAACUACCAAAGCAGAAUUAAUGAAGAGCCAGAAAACCAGAGGCCUGGUCUUUAUCAGAAACAUACAGCUGUUCUUCAACCCUCCGGCGGCAUCGAAAUUGGAUUCUCCCACAGUUCAGAAACGAAAGCAGCUAACCCGCGAGCGCAGUGAAAGACUGAGAAGUCUUGCCCCCAACAAAAUGAUUUUGUGGGCAGCAGCAUUCCCUCCCAGCGUUUGGAAUUCAAAUGUACUUCAGAAGAGCACGUUCGACUUUGUCGUUGAAUUCCUGGAGCCUGGGCAUUCACUGCAGUGGCCCGCUCACAUCUACGAAAUUUUGCAUACAUUGGCUGUGGAGCAACCUCUUUGCAACUCGUCUCAUUUCAGGGAGUUUUUGACUGACAUGGAUCAGAGUGCUGGGGUGGACCAAACCAUUCCACAUUCAAGUUCUCAAGAAGGGCAGACACUGCAAUCAGAUGUGCCUGGCGUCGAUGGCAAGUAA